AUGUCCGACCUUCUGUAUGCGGACAUGACGUAUUGUUCGCUCUGUGACCGAUACUUUCCCGGGGAAGAGGCCCGAGCUCAGCACGUUCAGCUUUCUCCCAAUCACCCCAGGUGCGAGCUCUGUCAUCGUCGGUUUGCCAACAAGAAUUCUCUGAGAAAUCAUUGGGUAUACUCGCCUCGUCAUCAUUACUGUGCCGUCUGCGAGAGAGACUUCCGCACGGCUGCUGGACUCAGAGUGCACGUUGAGUACGCCGCUGUUCAUCGCGACGACUCCGAUGACGAUUCGGACGACGAGCUCGACGAUGUCGAUGACUCAGCCGAAGGCUGGGAGGACGAAAUCGGCCGCACGGCUUUUCCAGAGGAGAACGAGCGUGCGGACGACGAUAUCAGCGACAUAGACGACGGGUACUCGGUGGGGGACGAGUAUUGGGACGAAGAUGACGAGACGGAAUUUGAAGAAAAUAGAGACGCUUAUUAUGGUUUCGCAUCCUCUGCCUCUACUUUGUUGCAGCGAGCCGACAGCACACGCUCUUCAGGUAGCGAGGAUAACUCUCACCUUGAGCUCCCUGCGUCCGAACCUAAACAUGCGCUUCGUGUCGAACAUCCAUUGAACAAACCAUGCGAAGCUAGUGUCCUCUUCAACUGUCCCCUAUGCCUCGAGCCGCCGAAAGAGAGCAGCGCUACGCGCUGCGGCCAUUUGUUCUGCACGCCAUGCAUAAUUCAUGCGCUGUCGGGUAAGAAGCUGUGUCCCCUAUGCCGCAAGCCUGCUUCCCCCAGGCAGCUCCGCAGAAUAUACCUGUCCGCUGCUUGA